UUCUCUCUUUUUCAAAUUCUUCAUCGAAGCAUUGAAACAUCGGCUACCAUUGUAUUGAAGAAAACGAGAGAAAAUAUAUUGGCAUUGUAGAUAAGAUUCCUUUGUUUUGAAUGGACCAACAUCUAUAAACAUUUUGCUGUCACUGUCACUGUCAAGACCGGACGAUAUUGUUUACGCGUGCGCUGUGAGUGUUGUGAAUAAAUAAUAAAAUAAAAAUAACUUUUCCGCUUGUUAAAAAAUAUUUCAUCACCUUUAUUAGGUAUGGCUCAGUCUGAAGAUACUGAGCUUAGAGAUUUAGUAAUGGACGCCCUAGAAAAAAAUGGAUCACUUGCAAAAAUUCGUGCUUUACUAAGAGCAAAUAUUUUUUUAGCAUUUGAAGAUGACUACGAGAGUAUAAAACAAAAUAUUACAUUAGAUAGUGUUUUAAAAUUACCGGAAGGCUUAUUAGCGCUCUCCAUCGUUCACGAGUUCUUGGAAUUUUGUAACCUAAGAAAUACAUUAUUUGUAUACAAAUCAGAAACAAGACAAGAGAGGGAAUACAAAUAUGAAGGCCAAAAAAAGCUAUGUGAAAAACUUAAUGUCAAACAAGAUAGUUCUGGACAACCAGUACUGGUAUCGAUUCUAAAAUACUUUCUCAAGUCACACCAAAGGCAUUACAAUGACAGAAACAGCAUUCAUGGUACAACAAAAAAUGAUAAUAUGAACUACAAGGAUGAUCAAAACUGUACUUACAUUGUGCAUGACGAUAGUAGUACUACUACUAGUCAAACACAUUCAGAUAAUUCUUCAGAUGAGAAAACCAAGUUGCAUCUUAGACUUCAAUUAGAUAAUUCUGAUACGGAUACAUCAAGUGACUCUGCAAGAGACAAAUCAAGUUCAGAAUACAUACCUAAUGCUCAUAUAUUACAUUCAAAUGACAAUCAUAUUACACCUAAACAUAAUGUUACUAAUGUGAUGGAAGAAAAUGAAAAAAAUCUGACCAUAAAUGAUUCAAAAGAAAAUUCUGCCACUUAUUUUCUUAAUGAAUUAAAAAUAAUUCAAAACAGCAGUAGCGAUUCAACGUCAUAUGCAGAACUAAAACCCUUUAACGCUUCUGAAGAGAAAUUGCUCAAUACUACAGGAAUACCCAUCCCGCUAGAAAAUAAUAAUGCAAAUGGUAUCCCAAAACAAUCUCCUGGUAAAGAAAAUAUUAAAAUUGACCAUAUCAAUAAUGGAAGUGAAGUUAAAGACGAUUCUGUUCCAAACACUUUAAAUAGUAUUUUGUCGCUACCAUUAAAGGAAGAAAAUGAAACCAACAAAGAUAAAAUAAAAAUAAAACAUACACAAGAGUCAUCUGUCAAAUCGGAAUCUGAAACAGCAGAAUAUAGUUAUGAUUUCAGUCUGUCGGGAGGCUCAAAACAUAACGACAUUGAUUCGGAUCACCAUUCACCAAAAUUUGUUCAAGAAGAUUACAUUGACAAAAACAUUUCUGCAGGUAGCCCACGAGAUUCCCACAGUUCUAGAAGUUCAGUGUCCAUAUCUGAUGUUGCCGAUUUGAUCAGCGAGAAAAGUCUAUCUAUUGGCCCUAUAAAUAAUGAGAAGUCAAUUAACAGAUCCAAAGAGCCCAGCCUACAUUCGAGUAAAUCACCAAGAAGUAUAAAGUCACCUAUUAAUGAUUCUGGUGAUUUCUCUGACUCUCCAGUUCCUUCAAUAUCUAAUCUUAGUCUAGACAUACAUAGUGACUAAAUUAAAGCUUUAGAUGAUUGUAAUAGUCAUGUAGAGUAAAAAUUAUACUAACUAAACUGAUUGCAACACAUCUCAAUAAUGUAAGAUAAAUGAGAUUGGUACAAUAUGUAUUUAUUACUGAAUUGUUAAAGCAAUAAUGUAACCUAUUAGCAUAGCAUACUAACUUUGCUCAGUUCCUUGACUAAUUAUAGUUUUAGAGUUUUGAAAAUUAUUGAUUUAACAGCAUAUAAUAAAAUAAUGACUUUUAUUAUGGAAAAUUAAAUACUUUGAAAAAUAUAUGCUGAACCUUAUAUAUUAGUUUUAAAAUACAUGAAGUUAUAUAAAAAGUAGUUAAGCAGCAGCCAGGAAUUUGUUUCUUAAAUUAGAAACAAAAACCUAAAGUGUAAUUAACAUAAACAAAUGUAAAAUCAUCUGUACAUCAAUUUAUACAAAACAGUCAAAUUUUUUCAUUAAAUUUUAAAGCAUUGAUGUAGAAUUCAAAAUCAACUGUGGAAAUUUACCAUUACCUAAUAUGGUAAACCGUUAUGGUAAACUGAUGUGUUGCUGAUGAUUUUUUCAAAGUGGUUGUGCCUUAUAAAUACAUUAUAGUAUUUCAAUAUUUUACUCAAGAAAUGGUUCCUCUUCUCAGUUUCUACUACAAUCUAGUCUAUAUAUAACCGGUUCCGUCCAAAUUGCUCCAUUUUAAUAUCUAUUCGUCUGGUGUGUUUGGUGAAGUAACAAAACUAUAGCUUUGCAUAUUUUAUUCAUUAAAGCUAUUGCAUUUAAUGUUGUGUAUUUU